AUGCUUAAGCAACCUUUGUAUUGUUCACAAAAUAUUUGUGUUUUUGCAUUCCGCGUCGUACGGAAUCCAGCUUAUUCGUCUCAUUUGCUCCACAAAUCUCUUUCAUCUAAAUUGUUUUAUAUGUUUGGAAAGAUCAUUUUGGUAGCUAAUGCAAUAUCUCCUAACAUGUUUUUAUCCUGCGACUUAUGCUGUAUUUUAGCAAUGAGUUCACAUUUAUAG